AUGCAGGCCCUAUAUGGCGAUGACUUGGUUUCUGCAGCUGAGCUGGCCGCGAACUUCAUGGAGUUGAAUGGUUGGACGGCCACAUGCCGCCUAUGCCACAAAACUCCCACGCUGGACCAGUGCCGGGCGCACAUCAACAGCGCAACGCACCAAACGCGGGUGCAUUACGCCGCUGCGGACCCUCUUGCGCACAUACCCGACGACCAGCUCGAAUUCGCGGUCGUGGAGAACAACGUCGCGAUCUGCAGAUUAUGCGGAAAACAGAUGCAAGAAUCGCAUCUGUAUUCCGGCAUCCACCAGAAGAGGGUGCUGCUCCUCGGCGUUAACAAGUUUGCUUUGUCAUUGCUGUGA